AUGCCCGUUCCCGUCAAUCGGCCCGCACUACUCAACACGAUGCGCUGGUAUACAACUUUAUGGCUACAUCAAACCCCCCCGCAGGGCAAACUAGAGUUGUUAGAAAGAGACCUUUACGAUCCGGACAGAAAGCGCGGUCACGCUAGCGAUUCUGACGAAACGUCGACAGAAGUUGAAACCAAGCAACGGAAAACAGAAGAACCUCACAGUGAAGAACUUGACAAUGCCAUCCCCACACCAUUAUUCCUAAUAAUAAGCCACAAGGAAGAAGGCAAGUCUUUGAGCAAGAUCAGUCCCUUCAUUAUAAAUAAGGCCCUUGUCAACACAGCAGGACAACCAAAGUCAAUCAGAAAGUUGAGAAACGGAACAAUUUUGGUGGAGGCUGCGAAUUGCGGUCAAGCCAAGAAGCUCCUGCAAAUGCAACGUUUCUUUGACCAGGUCGAGAUCAAUGUCAAACCACAUCCUUCUCUAAACUCCUCUAAGGGAAUUGUUUUUAGCCGUGAUCUCAUCGAUUGCAGUGAAGAUGAGCUCAGAGAAGAGUUGCAUUAUUCGAUGGUAACGGACGUGGUUAGGAUAUUUAGGACUGAGAACGGUCAAAAAGUUCCCACAGCUGGAUUGAUAUUGACUUUUGCUAUGCCUCAGCCCCCGUCUACUAUAAAGGCCGGAUACCUGUCCUUGGCAGUAAGACCUUAUUUUAAAAACCCUCAGAGGUGCUUUAGGUGCCAAAGGUUUGGGCAUUCUAGCAAGGUGUGCACCAAUUCAGAGACUUGCUCUCGUUGCGCCACAGAGGGCCAUAACGAGGAAGGCUGUAAAAACGACAUCCAGUGUGUAAACUGCAAAGGGAAACACCUAUCAUCCUCUAGAGAAUGCAAAGUAUAUUUAGAGGAAAAAGAAAUUCUUAAGAUAGUGACCCUCGAUAAACUUUCCUUCAACGAGGCUCGCAGGGAGUAUAGGAGAAGGGUUGCCCCUACUCCCAAAAAGGGAGUAUCCUACUCUGAAGCCGCUGCUGCCCCGGUCCAUCCUACCCAAUGUUCAUCCCUGCUCAGUUUUUGGAGGGUAUGCUCCGAACUCUAA